AUGCUCGUAUGUGAAUCUUUGCAGUCUGAGGUCAACCCCAAGGCUUACCCCCUGGCCGACUCGGCCUUGACCAAGCAGAUUCUGGAUCUGGUCCAGCAGGCCAGCCACUACAAGCAGCUCAAGAAGGGCGCCAACGAGGCCACCAAGACCCUGAACCGUGGUAUCAGCGAGUUUAUCAUCAUGGCUGCCGACACCGAGCCCCUUGAGAUCCUGCUGCACCUUCCGCUCCUCUGUGAGGACAAGAACGUCCCCUAUGUCUUUGUGCCCUCCAAGCAGGCCCUCGGCCGCGCCUGCGGCGUGACCCGCCCCGUCAUCUCCGCCUCCGUCACCGUCAAUGACUCUUCUCAGCUCAAGAGCCAGAUUGAGGCCAUCAAGCUCAGCAUCGAGAAGCUCUUGAUCUAA